AUGGGUCUUCUCCAAAGCUGUUUUGCUAAAAAAAACAAAGUGGGCGUGAUGACGGAAGAGAUGGAAGCGUACGAGAAAGUACGGAAAACAAUGGUUACAGAGGAAGUGACGGAAAAGAAAGGUGGGGUGGCCUUUGAUCUUACCUUCGUCUCUGAGGAAACCCCAAAGAUGCCUCCUCCAAGAUUGCUUGAAAACAAAAAGGAAGAGAAUUUUGAGAAAUGGAAAGAGUCUCAAGAGAAGGCACAAGCCGAAAAACAGGAGCGGGCUCAACAGAACAGAGAGGAAGCCCGUAUCCAGAAAGAGAUCGAUGUCGCCCACAAGGAGAUGGAGAGGCUCGAGAAAUACGUCAACCUUACUACCGGUGACUUUUUCAUGGGUAUAGAGCGGUCUUUAGCUUGUUCACUUCCUACAGUACAACACAAAAAUGUAUACCGUCAGAUGGCAACUAAUCAAGUAGACUCGAGUCCGCAAAGAGGAAAGGUGGAUGUACGUAGACUGAUUGAUGUGCCUGGACUGGAGGGGAAACAUAAUGAUGUUAUCGUAUGUCCGUCAUUAGAGAUCACAGGCCAAGAGAAACAACAUGUUAUAUUUUUUGGAGGAGAUGUGCAGACAUACCCAGAAAACAUGGCGUCCAGCAGAAAUCAGGAGUACUUGGAAUACAACUUGGAGAAUACAGCCCGGAUUCUCGCGCGUCGAUUUCCUGAUAGUGUCAUUUUCAUAGUCAAACCAUCCAAAAUGAUCUUUUACACAUUUAGCAUUUACAAGAAUUUUUUAAGUUUCACCGACGAUGGAAUUCCCUUUAUAGGUAAUCAUCCAGAAAAUAAAAGUGGAGUCGAAGGUUUGACGCAUCUUGUUCGUCUUUAUAAUAACGCAAUGCGUCAAAUGACGCGGGAUAAUUCCCUCCCUAGCAACUUUCCCCCAAUCGCAUUGAUUGGAUUCAGCAAAGGUUGUGUGGUGUUGAAUCAAAUAAUGUUCGAAAUGUUUUCUGGUACAAAAAUUGAAGACGUCAACGUGAAGGGUUUUGUAGACAGGUUAUCCUCUGUUUACUGGUUGGAUAGUGGUCACGUGGGUGAUAGAGACGCAUGGUUAACAGAUGACACAAUUUUAUCAGCAAUGGUAGACAAAGGUCUCAAUAUAUACGCACAUGUAACACCUUAUCAAAUCCGUGAUUCACUUAGGAAAUGGAUCGGCAAAGAGGAAAAAAAGUUUGUGGAGAAAUUAAAACAUUUAAAUGGGAACAUUACAGAAGGCAGACAUUUCUUUGAUGAGCCUGGAAGUAUUGAGAAUCAUUUCAAAAUACUGAAAGUGUUUUGAUUUCAAGAAAGCUUAGAA